AUGUCGGUAUCAAAACUCGAUAAAUUAGUACCGACGAAAUAUGGUUGGUGUGUACGUUUUGAUAAAGAAUUUGAUCCAACAUGGAAACCAUUUACACGACCACGACUACGCCAAUCACUUGAAUAUAUACCUCUAUUUAUGAGAUACCUACGAGUAUGGUGGAGACUAAGAAAAGCAAAACGACGAGUACAUAUGGAUUUUCUUAAUCCAGUUCCAUUGCAACAAAUUUAUGGUGCGCCGCUUGGUGGUUUAGGUUGUGGAACAAUUGGCCGAGGAUUCCGUGGAGAAUUUUGUCGCUAUCAACUUGUGCCUGGCCUUUAUGAAUUUCAAACUGUUGAAACGAAUACAUUUACUGUUUGUAUUCGUCGUCGACAUACAACAACUUAUUGUCAAGUCUUAACACCGUAUCGAUUAAGAAAAAAAGGUUUACGUUCAUGGAAUGGUGCAUUUCCAAAAGAAAAUGGUCAAUAUCAAGCCCUUUAUCCUCAAUCAUGGACAACGUACGAUUUACCAGGUCAAAAUGUACGACUACUGUGCAAACAACUCUCGCCAUUUAUUCCACAUAAUUAUAAAGAUUCAUCUCUACCAGUUGGUUCUUUUCUGUGGUAUAUUGAGAAUUUAAAUAAUGAACCUGUCGAAGUUAGUCUCAUGUUUACAUGGCAAGCUGGUUCAGCUUCUCAUGAAUUUUCAUGUCGCGAUGUAUCACACGAAUGUAUUGAAGUUUCUGAUGAUGGAAUUUCAGCUCGUGGAGUAUCAAUUCGACAGACAUUACGUGGUAUGAAACUUGAAUAUUGUAUAAUGGGAAAAAAAGAGUUAGACAAUACAAUCACUAUGCGAACAAAUUUCAAUGUUAAUUCUAAUACAUCUGGACGUGACGUUUGGCUUGAUCUAGUUAACGAUGGUCGAUUAACAGAACCAGUGGCUACAUCAGCGGCAAAUUCUCACACAGCUAGUUGUGUAUGUAUCACAACUACGGUUGAACCGAAUUCUAUCAAAACAUCUGAAUUUGCCCUUGCUUGGCACAUGCCGCUAAUUAACUUUGGUCUCGCAGCAAAAACAUAUCGAAGAUGGUAUACAAAACAUUUUGAUCAAGAAACUCUUACUGGAUCAACUCUAUGUAUGUACACAAUCAAAAAUCGUACACAAUGGGAAGAAGAUAUUGCAAAAUGGCAACAACCAAUUCUAGAUGAUCCAGCAUUACCAGACUGGUAUAAGAGUGCAUUAUUUAAUGAAUCUUAUUUUGUUGCCGAUGGUGGAACUAUCUGGGUUGAUGUGAGUGACGAUACUACGCUAUCUGACCAUGUUAGAAAGUGGGGCCGAUAUGGUUAUUUAGAAGGUCAUGAAUAUCGAAUGAUGAAUACAUACGAUGUUCAUUUCUAUGCAUCAUUUGCUCUAGUACAGUUGUGGCCUCAAUUAGAAUUGAGUAUUCAAUAUGAUUUCGCUAGUUCGAUAAUGUAUGAGAAACGUGAAUGUCGUACUUAUUUAUUUCAUGGUCGAUCAGCUCAUUGGAAAACAUUACAUACCGUUCCUCAUGAUCUUGGCGAUCCUGAUGAAGAACCAUGGAUAUCAAUUAAUGCUUAUAUUUCUCAUGAUACUGCCCAUUGGAAAGAUUUAGGUUUAAAAUAUCUACUUCAAAUUUAUCGAGAUUUUGUUUACACUCAAGAUAAACAAUUUCUUGAUACUGUAUGGCCAACAGUCAAAUUUGUUACUGAUCGUGUAAGACAACAAGAUACCGAUGGAGAUGGCCUUAUCGAUAAUGGUGGUUUUGCUGAUCAAACAUAUGAUGCAUGGCCAGCAACUGGUGCAAGUGCAUAUUGUGGCAAUCUUAAUGUUGCUGCUCUUCGUGCCUGUAUUGAAAUGGCACGAUUGAUGGAUGAUAGGAAUGCUUUACAAGAUUAUGAUACAUGGCUUAAAUUAGCUAAAACGUCCUAUUCAAAUAAAUUAUGGAAUGGAAAAUACUAUAAUUACGAUUCAAGUGCAUCACGCCAUCAUGAUUGUAUCAUGUCUGAUCAAUUAGCUGGCUUUUGGUAUUUACGUUUAUCCGGUCAUAAAUAUGAUGAUUUUGAAAAAGAUCGUAUUGAUAGUGUGCUUAAUACAAUAUUUAAUAUGAAUGUUAUGGCAUUUGGCGAUGGAAAACUUGGUGCUGUUAAUGGAAUGACAAGUACAGGACAAUUAGAAAUUGCUAGUAUGCAAUCAGAAGAAAUAUGGACUGGUGUGACAUAUGGAUUGUCAUCGACAAUGAUUAUGGAGAACAUGAUAUCUCAAGGAUUUCUUACAUCGGAAGGCGUUUAUAAUACAUGCUAUAAUGUUGCUGGCUUAGCUUUUCAAACACCUGAAGCAUUGAUGCAAGAUGGUCAUUUUCGUUCUUGCGGAUAUAUGCGUCCACUAGCUAUUUGGGCAAUUCAAAAAGCGAUUGAACUAUCACGGACAGAAUCAACCGCUAACAGUAAUUCUUAA